UUCACCAUUCGAGCUCAGCUUCCGCAUCGGUGGGGUGGUGCAGGAGGGGUGGUUGCGGAGAGCGGACGCACAGUCCCCGACCGGCGAGUCCAGCCGGCAAGCACAUCGACCUGCAGCCUAAUUCUCAGCUCGUGGAUCGGACUCCUCGGUGGUGAAAGGUGGGCAGGACGUUCACGACGACCACGGCUUCGGGCACCAUGAAUCUCGCCGGCGUCGCAGUGCUGAUCCUGGCGUUCCUGGCGUUCCUGGCGGUGCGCGCGGAAUCCAAUCCAGCAGUCCAAUGCAGUACGUUCAACCCCAGGAGUGCCUCCUAUUGCCCCGAGGGACGAGGCUCCACGUGCAGAGUGGUAAUUAGCAAACAAAACCAGUACACCUACCCUGGCUGCGGAAGUUGCACCAAGACGGGUAACACGGUCACUUGCUCGACCAUCGGCAUCACGUUCCAGUUCACGGGGACCGAUCAGGUCGAAAUCUCGUACAACCCAAGGUUGAUUACGAGGGUGAACCAGGCGGCCGUGAGGUACGAAGAGAACAAAGAGUGCCGAACUCAGUCACGGGCGCCCUGCUCGAAUCCGCUCCGGCUCACGACACCCACAGUGCAAGGAAGACCCGGACCCGCAAUUUGCGAGGUCCAAGUGUGUUACAACCGUAAGUUUCCACGCACUGGGCCUCCUCGUCGUUCUCCAACUUGAGAAGCCAAUGCGCGGCCCCUGAGCUAGUUGUCCAGAUGCAAGGUUUGGUGGUGCGUGUACGGUAGGGGUGGUUUCCCGUCCAGCGUCCAAUGCGGUUUCGCGAUGGGAGGGGUGACCAUGUUAUUGCUACUCUUGCAGGAAUUUGACUUUAUUAUUCGGGUAAGACCAAAAAAAUCACAUUCUAAUGCAGACCAUUUAUCUCGGUUAUCCAAUAUAUUGGGUAAUGAACCCAUUAACGAUU